AUGAAUCAAGUUUCUACUUUAGCGCAAAUCUCUUCCUUCACCCAAAAUUUAUCUGUGGAAGGUAUCAAAACUGAAUUCCGUAAUUUACAAAGCAAAUUAUCAUCUUUACGUCCACCACAAGAAUUCUUUAAUAUUAAGAGCAUUUCCAAGCCACAAAACUUCGGAGAAAUUCAAUCAAGAGUCGGUUUUAAUUUGAAAUAUUACUCCACCAAUUAUGCUUUGAUCAUUGCAUGUUUAAGUAUAUACACUUUAUUGACCAACCUAUUACUAUUGUUUGUCAUUGUUUUUGUUAUUGCAGGUAUCACCGGUAUCAACAAAUUGCAAGGUGAAGACCUAAACACACCAUUCGGUUCCUUCAAGACUACUCAAUUAUAUACUGCAUUAUUAUGUGUUGCUGUACCAUUGGGUUUCUUGGCUUCUCCAAUUUCUGCCAUGCUAUGGUUGAUUGGUGCAUCAGGAGUUACUGUCUUGGGUCAUGCUUCUUUAAUGGAAAAACCAAUUGAAACUGUUUUUGAAGAAGAGACUGUUUAA